GCAGUUUUGAGGAAACCAGUAAUCCAGAGAGAUGGAGCUAUCGUCUGCUAUGAGAUUCACUUGCACCCCACGUAUCGGAUGCCAUGCCUGUGGUUCCAAAUACAAGGAUUAGACACAGGAGAGUCCCAGUAUGAUCUUGACACCGUGUUUCGUUAUUUGGUCCCUGAACAGUACAAAGAAGGUCUCCGCCGGUAUGGAGGCAUUGGGGGCAUAUCCCUUGAUAAUCAUCCCGUCAAGGGCGAUCCAUGGUUCUUUGUCCACCCUUGUUUAACUGGGGACAACAUGUCGGCUUUCAAGUGCCGUAUUAGUGAAUAUCUCACAAUCUGGCUUGGUCUCGUGGGAGGCUGUGUGGGCCUUUGGGUACCCAGACAAAUGGCAACCAUUAAGUAG